AUGCGUAAAAAGGAUGUGUCAAACGACUCCUCCCAGGAUAUAAAGGAGCUUGUUACUGAGGUGAGAGCACUAACGUUAGAAAUCCAUGACUUAAAGAAAAAGCUUGACGAGUCAUCGACGUCACUAAAUCGCUGCCACGAAAGACUGGACGAGCUGUUAAGCACGCAAAAAUCCACUGACGCCCGCUUAAAAGUUUUAGAACAGAGGGACGAGGAGUUUGUACUUCUUCAAAAUAGAGUAAAUGAACUCGAAUGCACCAUUAACAUGCAGGCACAGACCCACCUUAAGAACGAGGUUGAAAUAAUUGGCAUUCCUGAGACAUCCAAUGAAAAUCUUCAGCACACAAUACUCUUGGCUGCGCGCAAAAUGGGAGUGGAGCUGUCAGAACAGGACGUGGACUGGGUCCAGCGAGUGGGCCCGCGGCGCGCGGUGGCGCCUGAAAAUAACUUCGCACGCCCUGUGGUUGUGCGCUUAUUGCGUCGCGCGAAAAGAGAUCAGAUUCUUAAAGCGUCGAAAUCACGACGUAAUAUCACUAGCAAUGACUUAGAUGUCGAAGGGCCAGCGAGGAAGAUAUUUUAUAAUGAACGUCUCACCAAAGAAAACCGCCGGUUAUUUCGCGAAGCCAGAGAGACGUCUACCAGGGCGGGCUAUAAGUUUUGCUGGUGCCAUCAAGGGACUAUAUACAUGCGCCGCAAAGAAGGUACUGCCGCAGUUCCUAUUAGGAAAAAAGAAGAUCUGCAUAAAAUCCUACCACAGACAUCUACGCCGGACGAUACUGAAGGAGCAUCAAGAGCGACGACACCGGAAAAUUAA